AUGGGGAAUUCUAAGAGUGGGGCACUGUCCAAGGAACUUCUGGAGGACCUGAAGUCCAAUACUAAGUACAACGAGGCCGAGCUGUGUGUCUGGUACCAGUCCUUCCUCAAGGAAUGCCCCACAGGCAGGAUCACCAAGGAGCAAUUUAGGGGCAUCUAUGCCAGCUUCUUCCCUAAUGCAGACCCUACUGAGUACGCAAGGCAUGUCUUUAGGAGCUUUGAUACCAACGCAGAUGGUCAACUGGACUUUAAGGAGUACAUUGUGGCCCUGCACCUUACCUCCGGAGGCAAGACCCUGCAGAAGCUAGAGUGGGCCUUCGCCCUCUACGACGUGGAUGGAAACGGAACCAUCAGCAAAAAUGAGAUCCAAGAGAUUGUUAAGUCAAUAUUUAACAUGAUCCCUGAGGAAGACCAAAAUGACCUGCCUGAAGAUGAGAACACACCUGAUAAGAGAGCAGACAAAGUCUGGGACUUUUUUGGAAAGAAAGAAGAUGACAAGAUUGCAGAGAGGGAAUUCAUUCAAGGAGUGAUGGACAACAAGGACAUCCUACGGUUGAUUCAGUAUGAUGAGCCCCAGAAAAUCAAGGACAAACUGAAGGAGAAGAAACAAUAG